AUGAUGAUCCAACCGUUGCCUAAUGGCAGCGAAGAAACAGGCGAUAUCUCACUUAAAGUCGUCAGGAAAAAUGAUGAUAAGAUUUCAGAAAAAGCUGAAGAAAAUGAUUAUGAUUCUAGUGAAGUGUCAUUCGAUCCAAAUUAUAUAAAAUUUAUCGCUACUCCACUCAAGAAAUCUAGAUCUACAUUGAAAAGAGCAGCAACAAGAAAUAAUCUGAAUAUAGAAAUAUCACCAGUCUAUAAGGCAUGUCAAGCAGGCGAUUUACGAAAUUUAAAAACAUUCGUGAGGCAAGCGGACAUAAAGUCGAAGGAGUUAUCUGCCGAUCUGGUCAAUGUAGUAGAUGAAAGUCUCUUUACACCAUUACAUUAUGCCGCAAUCCACAAUCAUGCUGAUAUAUUGGCGUUUCUACUAUCUAAAGGAGCAGAUAUUGAUGCAGUUGGAGGUUGCCUAAGUCGAACUCCUCUGCAUAUGGCUGUUGAAAAUAACAGUUUGCAAUCUAUUCGAGAAUUAAUAAGUCGUGAUGCUGAUAUGUUCAUCACAGAUGAGCACAAUCAGCACGUUGUGCAUAUUGCGGCGAUGCAGGGCAACACCGAAACGACUAAGCUUAUCCUUGAAAAUCUGCAGCAGUACAGUUCGACUUUAAUCAACGACGUCGAUGAUGAGAACAUGACGGCCUUGCAUCAUGCAGCUGAUCGAUGCCACUACGGAGUUUGUCAGCUACUGAUAGAACAUGGGGCAAAGCUAGCUGUGGUAGCUAAUGAGGGCAGUACUUGUCUUCACUUAGCUGCAUAUCGUCUCGACCUAGGUAUUAUGGAGCUCUUGCUUAGGACAGCUGAGAAUCAAGGUAUUAAGCAGUUCAUUAAUAUGGGAGACAGCGACGGGAAAACGGUCCUAGAAAUUGCCGUAGAAUUAAAUCACUUUGAGAUGACACAAUUAUGCCUCACCUAUGGGGCAGAUCCAGCCGGGGACCCUAUCAAGAGUGGUGAUGGACCUCAUCAGAGUCGAUCCAAGUCGCUAUUGCAUAUUGUAGCCAUUAAUGGCCAUAUUGAAAUUGCAAAACUUCUUGUUCAAUAUGGAGUCUGUUUAGAGAGUGCAGAUGAUAAAGGUAGAACUGCAAUGCAUUUUGCAGCUUUAGGAAAUCAUCCUCAUGUCAUCCGAUAUUUGCAUAAACAGGGUCUGCACAUUGAUAUUAUGGAUAAAAAUAAAGUAACACCAUUCCUUACAGCAUUACAACGAGGCUACAUAAAUAUGAUAAGAACGUUGCUCAACCUAGGGGCCAACAUUAUGCAUGCAGAUAUAAACAAUCGCAACUGCUUACAUUACGCUGUCAAUCAUCAAGACAUUUCUCCAUUGCAGCUGCUAUUUGAUCGAGGAGCAGUAUCUGCUAUCAAUGACAAAGAUCGUAAUGGCGAUACCCCCCUAUUGGUCUGCAUUCCUAAUAGAAAUGAACAAGUUAGCGCAUAA